GCACCCAGCUCACCGAUGCCACAAUGCAGAGAAAAGAGCUGAAUUUGGUGUAAAAGCAAAAGCAGCACCAGGGAUGUGUGGGUGCCCCCAGCCCACGUUGGCUGCCAACACUCUGGGUACCCCCUGGUCCCAGUGACCGCAAGGGAUGGGUGUCCCAAAGCUUCCCCUGGGUUUUCUCACCCCUUUUCUUCCCGGGAGGACCCGGUGGGGCUGAGCCGCGGGAGAGGCGGCGUUGGGCAGGAUUUGCAUUCCUGGCCCUGCAGGAAGGGCUGUGCAGCUGCUGCUCCUGGCCGCGUCCUCCCCGGGGGCCCCGGCGGGGGCUGCAGGGCUCCAGGCUGCCCGAGGAAGAAGAGGAUGUGAGUGGGCUGUAAGAACUGAGCGAGAUGGACGGAGAGCUGCUCGAUACAGAGGUGGAUGGGGAAGCACCCGCUGCCAUGGGGGAUGUGGGAGGAGAGGCAUCCUGUGCUGAGGGCGGUGCAAAAGAAGAGGUGUCCUGUGCUGAGGUGGAUGGAGAACUUCCCGCUGCCAUGGGGAAUGUGGCAGAAAGCAGUGCAAAAGGAGAGGGACCUUGUGCUGAUGGCCACGUGGGAGGAGAGAUGCGCUGCUCUGACAGCGAUGGGGAAGGAGAGCUGCUCUGCAAGGAGGCCGAUGCGAAGGGAGAGGGGUCUUGCUCUGAGAGCGAAGGGGAAGAAGAGCCUGAUGCUGAGAUCCGCACUGCUUCCAAGAAAAUCUCUUUUAUUUCUUCACCCUUGAGGGCAAUCGUCCGCCUCAAGCAGCGCUACCGAGUGCAGAAGAAAAGAGGUCUGCACUUCGAGCUCCCCCAGGAAAAGUCAUCCGAGCCCGUCCAUGCGCGGCUGCUCCAGAGGCAGUUCUCCCUGAACAGAUCUGGUUUCUACGGCUCCUCCAAGUCCUUCUUUAACCAGUCCAGCUUCAAGACGUCCCAGUACUUCACCUUUGACACGUCUGUGGAAGAGUGGGCGAUGAGCAAAUCCAGGCGGAAAAAGAAACGAAGGAAAUCUCGGAUAGUUCUGUACCCUGACAAAACAAAGAGGUACCUCCCCACGGAGGAGAAGAGCAACGCCAAACGCUGCCUCCUGUUGCUCAUCGUCAUCAUCUUCUUCCAGAUCCUCAACGCCAUAGAGAACCUGGAUGACAACCUCCAAAAAUACGACCUCGAUGGCUUAGAAAAAACAAUGCACCGGGAAGUAUUUGGGCAGAAGCUUGCUGUGGAAAGUAUUAUGCAGCUGCUGAAGGACUAUCUCGCUACCCACAUCCACAACAAGCCGCUGGUCCUCUCGCUGAAUGGCCCCACAGGAGUGGGGAAGAGUCACGUUGGCUGGCUGCUGGCCAAGCAUUUUCGCUCCGUCAUGGACAAUGACUUCGUGCUGCAAUACUUUGUCAUGCACCACUGCCCGAGCGGCGUGGAUCCUCUGACUUGUGAAACAGACUUGUCUAAGAAGAUUUCUGACAUGGUUACGAGAGCUGAAAUCGAGGAGAAGAUACCGCUGUUCAUUCUGGAUGAGGUUGAGCUCAUGUCUCCGGUCCUGCUGGACACUCUCAGCCGAUUCUUUGAACCCAACCAAACCAAUGAGUUCCUCAAUGCCAUCUACAUUUUGAUAAGCAACAUAGGGGGUGGUGAAAUCACCGAGUUUGUCAUCCAGAACGCAUCCGCUGAGCUCCUGCAGCAACGGAGCGGAGCUGAGGAGCUGCUGAGCGUCAUCCAGCCCGUGCUGAGCCAUGCCCACCCGCUGUGGAAGGCAGCAGACGUCGUCCCCUUCGUUCUCCUGGAGAGGAGUCACGUCAUAGACUGCUUCCUGGAGGAGAUGAGGAGGGAAGGGCUGUACCCCGAGCAGAGCCACGUCGAGAGGUUGGCCGGCCAGCUCAGCUACUACACUACGGGCGACAAGCAGUUCUCCAGGCUGGGCUGCAAGCAGGUUGUGGCCAAAGUCAACCUGCUGUAGGGAUUCUCUGCGGAGACACGGCCUGUUCUUGGGAUUUACAGUCUCACGAGGAGUGUGUGAGGGCAGAGCGGCUCAGUGGCUGCCCUGGGGCUGCUGGUCGGGGCAGGGGAUGGCAGCCCGGGCUCCUCUGCAGCACAACCAUUCCUCUCCUCUGGGUGUUCCCCAUGUUUGCAGAGCGCGGCGUGGCCAGCGAGGGCCCCACAGCCUCACAGCAAUUAGAGACACUUUGUUUGUUACUCAUGCACUCGUUAGAAUGAGGACAGACGCUGUGCAGUACCAAGUGAAGGAAGAAACCAGAACCCAUCGGGGUUCUCUGUCUCAGCAGCACACAGAGCCACAUCUCACCAUCUCCAGGGCUGCAGUCUCCAAUGGGAGCUCUUCUGCUUUUUGCUGCUGGGUGCACCUCACCAUGCUCCUUAUCUAGAAAGCCCAAAAUAGCAACUGGUGUCUGUUGGGCAGCACGCACUGGAAAAGACCAUUUGGGCUGUGUGGGCACGGGGCAGCAGGAAUGCUGGGCUUCUCCCAGUGCUGCAGGACCCUGUUGAUGUUCCUUGCCAUUGAGACCCAGUGGAGAGCACACUGCCUGGAAGUGCCUUGGGAACAGCACGUCUUUGUUUUGAGCAGGCGGGUAGAGCAGGUGUUCAUGGCAUUGCUUCCCCAGGUUUUGGUUUUGUGCCCAGGUUCCCUUCUACAAGUUGCUGUGAAUUAUCACAUACGUAAUCCUGUGGAUGUUUGCACUGGUUGUUUGAUUUGCCUCUUUCUAAUUGUUGGUCUCCAAAGACUUCCAUCACAAAUUUCUGCUUCCAGAGCUAUUGUCAGGAAUAAAUCCAAACUAUCUUGAAUAAAUUAAUUGGAAAGUACUUUUC